UGUCUACAAUUAUGACUAGUUCGCUCCCUCCUUAUUUUCAUAUCACUUUUUUUUUUUUACUUUUAUAAUUUCAAUAUUACACGCUAGAAAUCCCACUGACAGUUUAAUCCUUGAUUGAUAAACUUAGGCCAUCCCGAAGCGGAACAGUUGAACUCGCCUCCCACGAGUGGCGAGUGGAAUAGUACGAUGUUCACGAGCGGAUGCAGCGCGCCGGGACCCGGGGGCUGGGACUGGGGCGCGGCGGGGCCCGGUUGCGGUGCGGCGGGGCCCGCGUGGGCCGCUCCGGGCCUCAUCGACUCGGAGGCGCUCAUAGCUGUCGAGCUGUGCUUCAUUAAAGGCGAGGGAGACUCCGAAGACUUGAGGAUAGCCAACAUUUCGUUCAACAACCUGGAUAUUAUCGCGAACCAAGAGACUAUAGUGGAGCUGAUAGGGUUCGCCCAGCGCGUCGCCGGUGGCCGCCCGCCUAAGAAAGUGCCUUCAGAUACUCACCUCUCACAACACAACAUCGACGACCAAACGCUUCCUACGGCGACCACAAACGACGAAAUAAAGCGCUCCGUGCGCACGGAGAUCACGUUCGACUUCCACCGGCUGGGCGUGCUGCUGCUGCGCGCCGCCGUGCACGACGGGCAGCCCGUCGCGCGCAAGAUCGCCACCGCCGCCGUCACCGGGGCCAAGAUACAGGCCACGCUCGACGCGAGCAGAGUGGAGGUGGGCGGGUCGCUGGGCGGCGUGCAGGUGGUGUCGCUGUGCGAGGGCGCGGGCGUGCACACGCGCGUGCUCGCCGCCGGCACGCUGGCGCACGCGCAACACGACCACUCGCACCACGACAAGGCGCUGUUCUUCACCAUCCGGAGGAGAGUGCACUCCGCCGACGAUGAGAAUGCGCCCGAAUGUGCAGCGGUGGCGGUAGCGGUGGCGGUGGAGGUGCACGUGGCGAGCGUGUGGUACACGCACUCGGGCGCGCUGCUGCGGGAGCUGCGGUCCUGCCUCACCGAGUUCAAGCGGUACCUCGCCAACCUGGCGCGCUCCAUCCGCGCCGCCGCCGCCGACAUGGCCAUCACGCUCGUGCAUCCCAGAGGUGAGAACCUGUACUCGAAUCCGCGGCUGUCGCAGUCGACGGAGGGCGUCUCGCCGCGUCGUCGCACCGUCAGCGUCGGCACCUCCCUGGACGAUCCGCCCGACCUGCGCCCGGAACAAAUACAGCUCAGUGUGAACGUCGAACUGGAGUCCCCGGUGGUGGUGGUGCCGCGCAACGCUCACAGCACGCAGGUGGCGGUGGCGCACCUGGGCCGCAUGAGCCUCACCAACACGCCCGGCGCCCCGCAGCACACCAUCUACCGCGUGCGCGUCAGGGACAUCUCGCUCGCCACGGUGGCGGUGGCGCACCUGGGCCGCAUGAGCCUCACCAACACGCCCGGCGCCCCGCAGCACACCACCUACCGCGUGCGCGUCAGGGACAUCUCGCUCGCCACGGUGGCGGUGGCGCACCUGGGCCGCAUGAGCCUCACCAACACGCCCGGCGCCCCGCAGCACACCACCUACCGCGUGCGCGUCAGGGACAUCUCGCUCGCCACGGUCAGUAUCCACCGCUACACUACACUACACUACACCAUACAGGUGGCGGUGGCGCACCUGGGCCGCAUGAGCCUCACCAACACGCCCGGCGCCCCGCAGCACACCACCUACCGCGUGCGCGUCAGGGACAUCUCGCUCGCCACGGUGGCGGUGGCGCACCUAGGCCGCAUGAGCCUCACCAACACGCCCGGCGCCCCGCAGCACACCACCUACCGCGUGCGCGUCAGGGACAUCUCGCUCGCCACGGUCAGUAUCCACCACUACACUACAACUACACUACACUACACCAUACAGGUGGCGGUGGCGCACCUGGGCCGCAUGAGCCUCACCAACACGCCCGGCGCCCCGCAGCACACCACCUACCGCGUGCGCGUCAGGGACAUCUCGCUCGCCACGGUCAGUAUCCACCACUACACUACACUACACUACACUACACUACACUACACUACACUACCACUACACUACACUACACUACACUACACUACACUACACUACACUACACUACACUACACUACACUACACUACACUACACUACACUACACUACACUACACUACACUACACUACACUACACUACACUACACUACACUACACUACACUACACUACACACUACACUACACUACACUACACUAAACUACACCAUACAGGUGGCGGUGGCGCACCUGGGCCGCAUGAGCCUCACCAACACGCCCGGCGCCCCGCAGCACACCACCUACCGCGUGCGCGUCAGGGACAUCUCGCUCGCCACGGUCAGUAUCCACCACUACACUACACUACACUACACUACACCAUACAGGUGGCGGUGGCGCACCUGGGCCGCAUGAGCCUCACCAACACGCCCGGCGCCCCGCAGCACACCACCUACCGCGUGCGCGUCAGGGACAUCUCGCUCGCCACGGUCAGUGGCGGUGGCGCACCUGGGCCGCAUGAGCCUCACCAACACGCCCGGCGCCCCGCAGCACACCACCUACCGCGUGCGCGUCAGGGACAUCUCGCUCGCCACGGUCAGUAUCCACCACUACACUACACUACACUACACUACACCAUACAGGUGGCGGUGGCGCACCUGGGCCGCAUGAGCCUCACCAACACGCCCGGCGCCCCGCAGCACACCACCUACCGCGUGCGCGUCAGGGACAUCUCGCUCGCCACGGUCAGUAUCCACCACUACACUACACUUCACUACACUACACUACACCAUACAGGUGGCGGUGGUGCACCUGGGCCGCAUGAGCCUCACCAACACGCCCGGCGCCCCGCAGCACACCACCUACCGCGUGCGCGUCAGGGACAUCUCGCUCGCCACGUGCAAAAAAACAAGUCAGAAAAGGCGACAAUAGCAGUACGCCCGUCAAAAAUAUUUGUGACGCCGCUGAAGGAGUCCCUUUUGACGCGGAGUUUAAAUAUUAGUAAGAUGCAACGAGAGAUCAAGGAUUGCACUGUUGAAUUCUGUGAACACAUGAAGGAGUUUGAAUUUGGACGAGCACAGCUUUUUUGUAUGAACGCCGAUGUGGACAGUGUUUUUAUACUAUUCCUGGACGUGGCCGAGAAGUUGAAAAGUCACUGUCUGACGGCAGAGAACCUAGAACAGAUCUACGAUGUGACCUGCGGGCAGCCCGUGCUGCACGACACCGCGCUGCAACUCUCAUUACACUGUUCCGAAGGCGACCAGAGUGGGGAAUCGGUGCAACAGUACGAGAUAUCCGGCAUGGUGGUGGGCGGGCUGCAGGUGACGGCGCGGCGCGAGCAGUACGAGCAGGUGCUGGAGACCGCGCGCUGGGUCACCGCCCCCCACCCCCAGCCCCAACCCCACCACGCCCCUCGCGCGCACCCCGCUCAGAUGUCAUCGGGCUCUAGCAGCAGCUCUCUGUUGGAGCCGGCCGUGCCGACGCUGCAGCUGGACCCCGCGCUGCGCGCCGCCACGCUGGCGACGCCCCCCGGCCCCGCCCCCGCCCCCCACCACCGCCACGCCUCCCCCCAUCAGCCGGCUACCGAUCGGCGACACCACAAACUCAUCGUCCAGUUCGAGAUGAGCGAGAUGAGCGUGCAGCUAGUGGCGGACCUGGGCGCGGGCGCGCGCUGCCUGGUGGGGCUCAGUUGCCGGGAGCUGGCGCUCGCCUACCGCGCCACGGCCCCGCACGAGACGCACCUGCAGGUGUCCCUGGGCUCGGUGACGAUGGAGGACCUGACGAAGGAGCCGGGCGCGGAGCACCGCCUGCUGCUGGUGUCGCAGGCGGCGCGCCCGCGCAGGAGCGCCGCCCUCUCCCACUCGUGCCCGCGCCUCGCCCCGCCCCCCGCGCCCCACCACCCCCACCACCCGCACACCGCCCCCCACCGCCCUCCGCGCAGGACCGCCUCGCUGCCCGCGCAUCUCAACGUGCUCGAUCAGACCGGUCGCAACAGACAGAACGGGGAGUGUGGCGCGACUCCGCCGUGUUCGCCGGAAUGUUCCGCGGUGGGAGGGGGGUGGGACGAGGCCGACGAGGGGGAGGGGACGGACGGAGAGGAGGACACGGACGGGGAGGAGAACUCGCCCGCUGAGCACAAUCUCGUGCUCGUGUCCGUUCACACGCGCGACCCGGCCCACCCGCACUUCGAAGAUACCUACGAACAGAUCGCGAAGCUGACGAAGGUGGAGUUCAACAGCGUGGACCUGGUCGUGAACGCGGACAGCUGGGUGGCGGUGCUCGACUUCUUCGGGAUCGCCGGCGACGACCUGCCCGAAGACGAGACUCCCGAUCCGCCGCCGAACGACGAAAAGGGAUUCACUUCUGCGUUCGUUCCUAGACCGCCGGCGGGCGCAAUAUUGUGCGACGAUCUUUACUAA